AUCUGUAGUAUCGUAUUGCUAAUUAGUUUACUACGGCUCAGUAUGACUUUUUCAUCGGUGCAGUAAGUUAGCGGCAUCUCAAAGCAACCCGUUAAUUUUCCGAUUUUGUUCGACAGUUUGAUAGUUCACCAGAAAAUCAAACUUUAACGAUGGAUGAAAUUCAGCUUAGCAAAGAUCAACUAUCUCAUUUGAAAAUGGCAUUCGACGCUUUCGAUCACGACAAGAAAGGAUGUAUUAGCACAGACAUGAUAGGCACGAUUCUGGGUAUGCUUGGGCACGAAAUCUCAUCAGAGGAGCUCGCGGAAAUUAUCGCGGAAAUUGACGUAUGGGGAACUGGUGAAUUAAAAUUCGAAGAGUUUUGUAAGCUAGGGUCGCGCUUCCUCGAGGAGGAAACUGAUAUUGAGGCGAUACAACAGGAGUUACGAGAGGCAUUCCGAUUGUACGACAAAGAGGGCAAUGGUUAUAUUACUACUGAUGUGUUCCGAGACAUCCUUCACGAACUGGACGACGCACUAUCUCCGGAGGAGCUCGACAUGAUCAUAGAGGAGGUGGACAUUGAUGGAUCUGGCACGCUCGAUUUCGAUGAAUUCAUGGAGGUCAUGACAGGAUAAAUUAUGACUUUGGCACUACGUGGAUACACCGUGUCCGUCGCCCACGUAUCGAAUGAGCCUGUGCAAACAGAAAAGCCGAAAUCUCCUCGAAGUUGUACAUGACGCUGGCAAAAUAUAAAGUUUGCUCGUUUAUCACAUAAACAGUGUGCAAAAAAACCUACAUUUUUAUAAAAUAUAUAAGCUACAAAUUCCAGUAGAAAUUAAAAAUAAAAAUUUUUAAAUUUUCCAAUAAAAUAAUAUACAGAACGUGUCAAAUGUAAAUUAGACAUUGUUGCAAUUUUUAAAAUAAUAUUUUUAAUAUAAUAAUGGCGAUUAUUGGUACUUUAAAAUUUAGAGCUGUUAAUUUGCCAAGAGUGCAUGCUACAUUCUUUGUGCCAAGAUACACUGCAUCCAAAUGCAAAUUGUAAUUUAAUCAAACAAGAUUUUAUAAAAUAUGUAUUUUGCUUGCGUGGUGCGAGUCUACAUAUUUUAAAUAUAUAUUUAAAAUAUUAAAAAAUUUUAAUGUAUAUGCCAAAUAAAAUUAUUAAUUUGUUAUCAAAAAACCAUAUCAAACAAUAAAACGGAAAAA